CCUCCGGAGCGAGUUCGGUCCUGGCGUUCAUUUCAUUCCUGUCCUCAUUCCGAACAUUCUUAGCAUCGCUCGCGCCGCGCCGGGCCGCCCGAGCCGAGCCGAGCCUCUGCAGCCGCCGCCGCGGCCCCGCCGCCCGCUGCGGGCGCCCACCAAGCACUUUGCAGACUCGCUUCCACCCUGCGGGCCAAUCCGCGCGGCGGGGCCCGGGCCCGGGGCGGCCGCCUCCGGAGACAGGCCAUGCAGUGAAACCCCUCCAGCCCCCCCAGUGCCCGAAGCCGCGGGCAGUAGCCCAGUGCGCACAGCCGGCCCGGGAGGAAGCUUUGCUAGGCAGGGGUGGGGUGGCUCGGCCCGGAGGUAGGGAGCCGGGCACCGAGCAGGGGGCGGGAAAGCGGCGCAGAAGUUUGUCUCGGACUCGCCGGGCGCUGCGGCGGCUUCCUUUGCCGAGGUUUAUUUUCUUGAAGAGGCUCCAGGCUUCGGCUUGGAAAAUCCAACCGCCAAAAUUGAGCCCAGCAGCUGGAGCGGCAGCGAGAGCCCUGCCGAAAACAUGGAAAGAAUGAGUGACUCUGCAGAUAAGCCAAUUGACAAUGACGCUGAAGGGGUCUGGAGCCCAGACAUUGAGCAGAGCUUUCAGGAGGCCCUGGCUAUCUAUCCACCCUGUGGGAGGAGGAAAAUCAUCUUAUCAGAUGAAGGCAAAAUGUAUGGUAGGAAUGAAUUGAUAGCCAGAUACAUCAAACUCAGGACAGGGAAGACGAGGACCAGAAAACAGGUGUCUAGUCAUAUACAGGUCUUAGCAAGAAAGAAAGUUCGAGAAAUUCAAGCCGCCAUUAAGGUGUCUAGUCACAUUCAGGUUCUUGCCAGAAGGAAAUCUCGUGAUUUUCAUUCCAAGCUAAAGGUAACAAGCAUGGAUCAGACUGCAAAGGAUAAGGCCCUGCAGCACAUGGCAGCCAUGUCGUCAGCCCAGAUCGUCUCGGCCACCGCCAUUCACAACAAGCUGGGGCUGCCUGGCAUCCCGCGCCCGGCCUUCCCAGGGGCGCCAGGGUUCUGGCCUGGAAUGAUUCAAACAGGGCAGCCGGGAUCCUCGCAAGACGUCAAGCCCUUUGUGCAGCAGGCCUAUCCCAUCCAGCCAGCGGUCACGGCCCCCAUUCCAGGGUUCGAGCCUGCAUCAGCCCCAGCUCCCUCGGUCCCUGCCUGGCAGGGCCGCUCCAUUGGCACAACCAAGCUUCGCCUGGUGGAAUUCUCAGCGUUUCUUGAACAGCAGCGAGACCCAGACUCGUACAACAAACACCUCUUCGUGCACAUCGGGCAUGCCAACCAUUCUUAUAGUGACCCAUUGCUCGAAUCAGUGGACAUUCGUCAGAUUUACGACAAAUUUCCUGAAAAGAAAGGUGGCUUAAAGGAACUGUUUGGAAAGGGCCCUCAAAAUGCCUUCUUCCUCGUAAAAUUCUGGGCGGAUUUAAACUGCAAUAUUCAAGACGAUGCUGGGGCUUUUUAUGGUGUAACCAGUCAGUACGAGAGUUCUGAAAACAUGACAGUCACCUGUUCCACCAAAGUUUGUUCCUUCGGGAAGCAAGUAGUAGAAAAAGUAGAGACGGAGUAUGCAAGGUUUGAGAAUGGCCGAUUUGUAUACCGAAUAAACCGCUCCCCGAUGUGUGAAUACAUGAUCAACUUCAUCCACAAGCUCAAACACUUACCAGAGAAAUACAUGAUGAACAGUGUUUUGGAAAACUUCACAAUUCUAUUGGUGGUAACAAACAGGGAUACUCAAGAAACUCUCCUCUGCAUGGCCUGUGUAUUUGAAGUUUCAAAUAGUGAACAUGGAGCACAACAUCAUAUUUACAGGCUUGUAAAGGACUGAACAUGGUUAUUUAUAUAUAUAUAUAAAUAUCUGUAUAUAUACACACACACAUGUGCACACACACUCUCCAUUAUCAAACGACUGAAUGACUGUAAACCUCACCACACAGGGGGGUGCCCGGUCCCAGGGUCAUCCCAACUUUUCUAAAUCCUGUUUGAGUGAAGUCAUUUUUUCAUGUGUUCAUACUAUCCUUGUAGCUGUGAAGUUCUGGUACAGUUGUAAAAAGAGAAAUAUGUGUUCUUCAGAUCUAUAGCCCACAAUUCCUCGGGAAAGAUGAACCUUAAGAACCCAAGGCUCUGUCGACUGAGACCUGUUUUUAAUUGUGGUAGAAAAUACUAAGACAGAGCAUUUGCCAUGGGACAUUUACAGCCUUUAUAAAAAUAUGUUUAGUUCUUCUAUUCCAACAUAAAAUUCUUGUUUUAAGAUACAAGUAAAAUUAAUCUUUAAAUAUAAAUGUAAAUUAGUACACAAAACUAAGAAACUUUAGACUUAUCUUUGUAACUAAUUAGGGUGGAAGUUAUGAAAGAAUGUAAUUCACUAAAUUAUUUUUUAAAUGAAACCUUUCUUUCUUUUUGAAACCAAAUGUUAAAAUAUAGCCUUAAGAAAUGCUUGGUAGAAAUAUCCUAAUGAGACAAAUUUGUACUUUUUUCCUCAAGGUUAAAACUAAUCUCCUAAUCUAUUAAACUCUUGAACAGGUAUUACAAAGGAAGUAAACUUCACCCCUUUUCCUUAACAUAUAUAAGUAUAUUUAAAAAUUUAAAAUUGUAUUGUGCUAAUGUGAUGAGCUGAUUAUUUAAUGAGAAAGAAAAGACGGCUCUUUUUGCAAUAAGUAGAUAAAAACUGAAAAUUUAAACUUACAGUGUUUAUAGUCUUGUGUGUGCAGUUAUAUUUUAUAUAGACAACCAAAAUUUUUACUGAGAUGAGUAAAUAUUUGAACCACUAAAAUUUAAUAACGAAAUUUUUUAAUUGGCAUGAAUACUGCACUGUGAGCUGCAAAAAAUAGAAAUUCCUGUGGCUGGGAGAAAAUGUCAUCAACCAAGCAAGUAAAAGGCUCAUCAGCUAUAGCAUCUCUGCUCCCCAGAAAGAUGCAAGCUUCCUCACCAGCCUGUGGAUAAAUUAUUUUUUUCUGGUGAUCUAAUGUGCAUAUUAACUUGCUCUAACUAUAAGUGUGUGUGUGUGUGUAUCCAUGUAUACACAUAUAUAGUUACUCAGCACAUAUUUAUUGAACAUGUUUAAAGUCAUGCACUUUGCUAGGUGCUGACAUGUCUGUAUAUUCUCAAUCUUUGUCCAUAAAUCUAGAUCUAAUAUCUCUAAGGACAGUCAUUUUUUUGACAACUUUCAAUAAGCCACAGUACUUUUUGACUUGGGUUUAAAGAGGCCCAGCCAUCUAUCUCCAACCUUUUCCAGCAGGCUCAUUUGGGAGGCUCUCUUCCCAGAAGAGAUUCAACUUUCCCAUCCAAAUAUUCCAAAGCUUUGCCCAGGGAUAGUUUAUUGUGGCCACAUGUCUUGGGGUUUUUUCCAUAAGUGCUUCAUUGAGAAGAGGAUAAGAGAUAGCCCCAACUUGCCCAAGGAAAAUAACGUUUUUAUCAUUGUUAGGAAGAUGUUAAAACAUUAGAACAUGAAAUUUUUAAGCUGUGAAACAUGUCAAGAAUUUUUCAUCAAGCUGGAAUACUAAGUUCUACCACAUUCAAGUAAUGUACACACCCCUUCCCUUCUUCAGCAUCUGCUCUGAUACUGCCUGUACGUUUGGACAAAGUCUGGUGGUCGUGAGCAUAAGUGUGUGGCUGGCUCAUGACCAACACAAAAACACUCUGGCUCAAGCCUGACCUCUCCCAAAUUGCAUGCCACUGAAGACUGGGAAGACCAGAGGAGAAAGUGCAAAACUCGCCCCAUUUGGAGUGCACAUCCACCUAAAGCAGGAGGGCAGCACUUCUCUGUUUUCCAUAAGGAAGCUACCAUUUGUUCCCUGAUUCCAAGCAGGACUUGGAAGAAUUGCCAAAGCUGUCCACCCCUUUGUCUGGUCUUUAGCCCAAGAUUUAAGCCUCUCCUUUCUUCCACAGUCACCACGUUUACUGGGACUGCUAUUGGACACCCCUCUUUUGCCCCAGUUCCCUGCAUCCUUUUUCAAGGAAGCCCCCAGCUUUCCAGAUUCAGGGCUAGCUGAAGGGGUACAAGUGAUCCUACAUGCUUAAAAACCAGGACAUCCCAGAACCUCAGGGGGAGAGAUAGCUAGUCAGCAUUCCCACCCAAGAACUGGGCUCUUACGGACUGCCAGGAAGCCUUUUGGGAUUCACUUUUUAAAGCACAAAAAAGACUGAGCCCAAGGAGACUGGCUAGAGGGUACCUCUGCUGGCUGCAGAGAAGGGCACACCCAGGUCUUCUGAGUGCUACUGAUGACGUGCCACUGUUAUCCUCUUUCUCAUUAUGCCUUUGUAGUUGAGUUUGGGGGCUUCUGUGAAUGAGUUUUUGCUUAUAAAAUUUUUCCAAGAUUACGUCUUACUAUGUUCUUCUAAAGCUUUCUCCAGGGCAGAUAUUUUCUAAUACUCAAACUCCUGGGCCUCUCUUUGUCGCUCCAAAAUCAGACCCUACGGUGGGAUUUGUGUGAGGACCAAUUAAUCCAUAACAUCCAAUGUGAGAUGGCAGAGCCUUCUCCCCUUUGCUCUAAAGCUUUCCAAAGCCCUGUCCUCACUCUCCUCUUCCAGGUGCUCUAUCUCCAGGUGACCCUCCAAUACCAGAUUUGUUUCAGGGACAUCUUGUGCUUUUACUGGAGGGUUUGGAGGCAGAUUUCCCAUAGCCUAAACAAAGGGAGGAGCUGGAGAACUAGGCUGCAGUCUCUUGGCAUUUAUUUCCAUCUGAGCAAGAGACCGGAAAUAAAAUCAGGGCUUCUUCAGAACCUGUCCUCGAAUCACAGGAUGUUCAAGUUACCCUAAACUAGGGUCUCUCAACCUUGACAUUAUUGCUGUUUUGGACCAGAUAACUCUUUGUUGUGGGGAGCUGUCCUGUGCAUUGUAGCAUGUUUAGCAACAUCCCUGGCCUCUGCCCACUAAAUAGCACUCCCUUUCCCCAGCUAUGACAGCCAAAAAUGUCUCCAGACAUUGCCAAAUGUUCUCAAGAAGCCCAAGGUAAAAACCAUUGCCCUAGACCUUAGAGCUCACAAUUACCAUGUGUGAGAGGUUUUCCCCUCCACAGCACCUGCCAGAGAUUCUGGGAGACAAGUUUCAGGUCAUCAAGAGGCAGGUAGGAGUAGCAAUCAAGGGAUAUUGUGUCCAUGUUUCAGAACUUUUUUACAGUAGUCUCUUGCUACAAGUAGUCUUUCACUCCUCCCUGGGGAAGUUGGGAACAGGUGGGCUCCAUCAUCCCUGUAAUCAGCCCGCUCCUAUCUAAAGAGCAUUUCUAAUUCUAUUGUAUCUUCAGGCCUUAGUUUUCUGGGGUAAGAAAAUUCCAGGUUUUUUUCAUCAUUUUUCAUAAAUCCAUGGUUCUCAUCAUCAAACCUUUAAUUAUUUCAGUGAAUUUCCCCUGGGCUGCUUCUACUGUCUGCCUUACAGUCAAUAUUCUUUGUAGAAUUUAUUGAAGCUUCUGGGGUGUUUUUCUGCAUCUUUAGGGAUGGAGGAGGGAACGGUCAAUUCCAGAAGAGAGCUUAUAGAUUUUUUUUUUUCCUUGAGCUAAAAGCACAACCUACUCCUUCAUAUUGUAGAUGAGAAGGGGGGGACAGUGUCACCCAGCUGGUUUGUGGCAGAAAAAGAGUGAGGAUCCAGGACUCCUGUCACUUAAUCCUUGGCCUCUUCUAUUAGUACUCUGUGCUUAAAUGAUCCCUAAAAAUGUGUGCACAGGGUCAGUUCAGAAGAGAGGGAAAUUAAUAAAUCCUUUGUGCUAAAGCAACACUUCACCCCAGUGCUGCUUUUUAUACUGCGUGUCUUGUCUGACCAUAGCUAUCUGGGGCACCCAAAAGCAGAUAUGAAAGCUGAUGAGCCUUUUCGUCUGCUCUGAGGACAAUUCACCUGCCACAGGCUGAGUCAAAUUUCUAUUUGCUAAGCAUCCCAGCAGCAAAGUCCUGUACUCACACCAGCCAAAAAGCAGCCCCCUUUCUGAGCACUUGGUAUUACAAGUCCCCCAGUGACUUUGAACCCAAGUCUUCUUUUGGUUUCAGUACUGUAGUGGCUUUAGCAGCUUGUUUUUGUACAGCCGUAAAUUAUUUAAAUCAUAUGAAAUGACAGUCAAUUUUACAAACCAGGUACAUAUAAUUUGUAUAAUUUUUUAUCUGCUCUGGUACACUACACUUGUCCUAACGAACGGUAGAACCAGUCCUGUUUCUUGGUGUACACACCUGUGUCAUUAGGAGGUGAUGUCUGCAUUGCUUAUUUCUUUACAUUGAUGUUUCUGCAGCAAAGCCCUGCACGUCAUUUCUGAAAAGCCUUAAAUCUUUGAGAUGUUGCAUGUAGGGUAUGCAGUGCAAAAGGCUGCCUCAGAACUGUGAGCCCUUUUGUAAGCUGGAAGCAUUUCUCUUACUACUGUUACUUUUUUAGGAAGUUUUAAAUUCAGAGCUGCCAAAGCAUUCCAGUAAGCAGUGCCUUAGUGAUACCUUAGUCAUGCUGCCAGCCUUUUCUUACUACGCCUGUUCUCAAUGUUCAUUUACUAAUUGGCCCAGUCUUUAAAACAGAACAAGCAAAACUUGUUUUCAUUUUUGUUUUUGAAGCCCAUUUUUCUCCACUUCUAUAGGAAACUGACUACUUGGUCUAAAAUCUGAAACCCAAUACAAGUCAGUUCCUUGACCACACUCUGAUGUAUAUACCAAAACGAAAGGUUACGACUUCAUAGUUUACUAUGGAAAGUAAAUUUUACUUUUAAUGUUGCCUUUUAAAUUCAUGACCAAAUACUUAGCUAUUUGUGACUCUUCUGCACUCUAGCAUGAAAGUGCCUUUGGUUUGAGAUUCCAGCUUAGAAAAGUGCUGCCAUAAUAAUGACAAUUUGUAGAGAGACCAAAAAUAUUUUGAGAUCACCGUAAUGCCUUUGGUUUCCUGGGAUGAGCAACCAACCACAGGUCUCUGUUCACAGAAGAGCACGACCUGGGCCCCUGCCUGCUGUGAGUUUGUCUGUCAGUGGGGAGCCCUCCCCACGCCGCUCGCUCUCCAGUAGCACUCUGCAGCAAGAAGGACCCCAGGACUGUUGUGUUUGUGUGUGCCGGUGACCCGGCGUGUCGUUUCAGCUCGUCACCCAGCCCUGCAUCUACGAGAGGGAACUUCCACACAAACAGCAGAAUCUCUACCAGUGGACAGAUGUGACAGCUUCCUCGUAUUCAUGUUCAGUCUCUGUGGAGGCUUUCUUUUCCAUUCAAACAACUGUGCGCACUUAGUUGGUUUACGCAACGAUACCAUUUUGAAAGUUGGAAGCUUCAAACUGAGAUGACAGUGCAGAACAAAAAUGAGUUAGGGUCAUUAUAAUUGAAGUGUUCUUCUUAGGGCGAAAAUGUUGACUCUGAGUGCUGUGUAUGAGUGUGCUAUGAGAAACCUCCAAAGAGCACCUUUCACAAUUUGGCAUUUUCAAAGACUGUUCUAGCCCUUGCGGGGCAACUUGUUAAAGUCUGUGUUGGCUUUUAUCGAAAACCCUGUAUAAAUUGGUAAAACCAGUAAAGGUGAGGAGGAUGAGUGAAAAGGACAAAAAGGCAAAAAGAAACACCAGCCAAACAAAAGCCAGGAAGAAAAGAUUUUCUUUACCAAUAUAGACUUAAAAUAACUUCAGACAUCUUUGAAAGUUAGCCUCACAACUCUUAAUGUAUACGUUCUGUCUGUCUCUAUGUGGGGUCUUUAAGAAGACCCUCAUGGCUCUGAAAUUUCAGGAGUGGUUCCUGUCCAUACCAAGUUGCGAGUAUUUACAGAAAUUUCUACCAAAAAAAAAAAAUUAAUAAAAGUGAAAAGGAAAAUUACUCAACGCAAAUUAUGGUUAGCUGCUUAAAUUCUCAACUCCUCCUUAGGGGUACAAUACCACAACUUGGAAGAAAUUACAGUCAAAUGUUUGUUUUCCUGCUUCUCUUUUCAACUGUUACUGUGCUUUGGCAAUAGUUUUCUCUCAUAAACUCAUUGCUCAUAUUGUUAAAAAUGAAGGUUUUGUGUUUAAAAUUUAUCACAAAGGAUCAUUUCACUGAAGUCAUGCACCUUUAAAUAAGGUGAAAUAUUUGUAUUUAUUGUCCUGUUUCUUAAGCUGUAACUUGUUUUAUGCUAUAUGAAUUUGCAUCAAGUCAGUCACGUGCCACACUGCAAAUCAUUUUAUUAUUUGAAACAGCAUUUUUGUUCCUCUCGGUUACCCUUAAAUGGAGUCAGAUUCCAGCAGUUUCACCUCUUUCCGGUUGAGUCUCUCCUGUCUGCCUUCCAUUAUGGGAUUGUUUUCCCUUCCCCGUUCUGUAAGAGAGGCUGACAGAAUCUACGCAUAAAUCAAUUGGAAACCAGUCUCUGACUUUUUAUUUUUUGCAUUAGUCAAUUUCUGUGUUUAGUUCCACUGUGUAAAUUAGAUUUGAACUGCACUUCAUAAAAAAACAAAAAAGAAUACAUCUCCCUGUUACCUCCUUGAAAGAUUCAUUUCUGUAGGCCUUUCUCAAUAGGCUCAUGAAUGCAGACAAAUUUAAAAAAAAAGUAAAAACAAAAACAGUACGUGCCUGAAAAAUGACAAAAAAAAAAUUUGUAACAUUUAAAAACAGAAACCUGAAUAGCCUUUAAUUCUUUAAUAUGCUUAAAUUUUAUGUAAAUCAGUUUUGUUUUGUUUUUUGCCACGUGUGUUUGUUCACAUUCUAAAUGACUUAAUGGGAUUCUCGCAUCUGUGUCUUCAUGUCAUGUGUAUAAGAUGGGCUCGUGAUGUAAGCGUUUUCAUCUGGUCAGUGGUUCCUUUGAUAUUGUACUGCUGCUGGGAAUGGGCUCUGGAACCUGCCUUUGGGUCGUGGGGUUCCUCUUGGUAGAUUGGGGGGUGGGGGGCAAAGUCUCACACACAGUUUUCUUAACCUAUCUACAGAAACUUUCAAAAGGCAUUUGGUUAAACCUCUUGGCAGUACAGUAUUCUUGUAUUUGUUAAUGUCUGUGUUUAGGUACUGGUACCUUUUUGUUUAAAAAUGUUCUAAGUGUUGGCUUUAAAGUGAAUUUAUCUUUAGUAUGAUAGUUAUAUGAAAAUUAUAGGGUUUGUGUGCAGAGAAUUUUUUUAUAAAGUGCUUUGUAAAAAAAAAAAUGUAUUCUAGCUUUCGCGGUACAUAUGUGUGAUAACUUUAAUAUCCAUGACAGUUAAGUGCAAUUAUUUCAUCACUCUAAAAAUGCUAUUUUUGUGUCAGUUCCUGCAGGUGUUUUCAUGUCUUUGCAAAGUGACACAUUUUGAUGCCUUCUUGAUAAAGUGGUAGACAUUUUGUAGCUUUCUAGAAACUUUGUAUUCAUACGGUAUCAAUGAAAAAUAAAAUGAAAGUG